GGAUACAAAACAAUGGCCGACGAACAAAUACCGAACGAAAGCAACAGAACUAUAUUUAGACGAAGACUUGAUAGAACCCCUGAAAAACAUUUUGAAAAACUGCCAGAGAAGGAAAAAGUGGCGUUUAGUAAUUUGCGAAAAGCUUUGGAAGAAGCAAAAUUUAGAAUUGUUCGGCUCAGAGACGAGAAUGAUGAAAAGUAAGUUUUUUAUUUUAUGAAUCAAUAUCAGAUAUCAUUAUCAUGAAUCAUUGACUGUGUUACUGUGUUUAAAUUGACGUCAUUGUUGAUCAUGAAUCAGUCUGAUCAAUGAAUCAUAACUUGCCAUAGUUUAAAGUUCUUGAAGUAUUAAUCAUAGUUUCGGCAUAGCCUACCCGACCCAUCGUUUCAUACUCUCACUGACACUAGUCAGUUAUGUUGUAUAUUCAUAAACAUAUUUACUCACAAUCUCUACUCACUGCUACUCUCAGGCUCACAGAUACUCAUAAUUUCAUACUCAGUUAACCUGGUCUUGGGAGUCUAGAGGUUUAGUGACUGUAUUUUGAAAUAAUUUGACAUUCUUUAAUUUUAAAUUGAUUACUAAAUUCUAGCAUAUAUUAUAUCAUAUUAAUACUAAUACUAAUCAUCAAAUGACAAAUAUCAUACACAAUACAGGGAAAUAUGACUCAUCAUAUUCAUAUUAAUGAAUAUACACACCCUGACAGUGACACUGGGUAAAGAAAAACCUAUAGUUAUAGUGCUCCAGAAGGACAAUACAAAAAAAAUUACAUGUUUCAGCUAAAGAGCCCUGGCUAUACAUAAACAUAAAUUCACUCAGUUGUGGUGCCUCUAUGAGGGUAUGUUUUUGGCCUCAGCUUAAUUUCGCCUGUAAAUUUUUGAUAAAUUCAAAAUGCAGUGAUGCAUUUUGGUGCAUACCUGAAUUAGUUUUUCAUCAUUCAACACUUAAUAGGCAGAAACAAAAUAGAUCCUAGUGAAAAUUUAGGUUCCUUUGACAUGGAUGUGAUUAUUCAAAUUCUUUUAUUUUUAGUUAUUACCAAAAAGGCUUAGUAUGAUUAUUUUAUAAAAUAAAUUUAAACUAUUUAAUCAUUGUUAUUUCAUGAUUAAUUUAUAAUUAAGUUGAUAAAGUUUACUUGAGUACUAGCCCUAUGCCUAUAAACUAUACUGUAAAGUAGAAUAUAGACUAUAGGCAAUAGACUAACUAUGACUACACUUGCAGUUCAAUAGCAAAAUUAAAUUAAUCAUUAAAAAAUAAAUAAUGAAAAAUAUUUUUAGAACUUUAAAAAAAAAAAGAAUUUCUAUCAAAGAUGAAUUAAAACCCACUAAAAAGUAGAAAAUAAUUUGCAAUUUCUUAAAAUGCAUUAUGCAAAGAAAGAAUGUGCAGAAAAUAUUUUCAAAAAUUAAUAAAAAUAAAACAUAUUUAAGUUUUAUCUACAUUCAAUUCGAAUCAUUUGGCUACAUAGACUGCUCAACUUCACAUGAUGAACACUGCAGGAGAAAUUGUCAAAUGUCAAAUGUGUAAACAAAAAAAAUAAUGCUUCAUCCACUCAAAAGAUGGAAAUGUGAGUAGAGAGAAAGUCUUUAAUAAUUCAUUAUUAAGCCUGAAAAUAACAAUGUUGCUAAUUCUUCUAAAACUAAAUAAUAAUUGUUAAAAUUGUACAUUAAACAUCAUAUUUUAUUGGUCCAAUAAUAUUUUCUCAUCAUUUCCAUUUAUUUGGAUCAAUUAAAGACUCUUAUCUUAUCCUACUUGAGGGGUUGGGUUGGCAUUUCCAAAAAAAGAGAGUGUGUGCAAGAAGAUUUAGGCUAUUCUUGUGUUUUUUACAAUUUACAGAGUUUGUAAGUCAUACCUCAAUGUUACUUGGAGACUGUGGAAUUGAUAAAGAAUUAUUUUUCAUUUCAGAGACUGUAUAAUUGAUGAAGAAAGGUUAUUGAGGAAAUUGGCUGAAGACAAACUUCAGAAUAUUUUAGUAGACCUGUACAACAACCCAGAAGUCAAUUCUGAGCUACGUCAACGUUUGCCAAGGGCAAAUAAGAGUGAUCCUCUUCAUAAAGCUACAGCAGCUCAUCAAAGAAAUGGGGAUCCAUUUGUGGAAAAUAAUUUUGUCAGUCUUCCUAAGGGGAAUCAAUCUCUUUACCUAGAUAAGAUGUUGGUAGAGAAUAGAGCAAGGUACAGAUCUUUAAAAAAAAAAAUUAACUUGUAAUAUAGCUUAUUUUUUCCUUUGCAAACAAAACAAACACACUGAUAUUAAUCACGUUAAGGCAAGUCAUCUAGAUUACUUAUGACUGGGACUGAGUUUAGAUGUAAAUACAGUGGAACCCUGCUAUAAUGCGAAUAUUGGAGUCCAUAAAAUGGGAUUACUUCAAGAAUAUAAUGGCCAGGUUUUACUUUUUUUUUUGGUCAGAAUACAGAUGGGAUUUUUUAAAGUUGGAAGAUAGCUGAUUUUGUUCAAAUAAAUUAUUGUUAAAAUCUCAUGUAGUUAAUGAGCUGUGGAGUUAAAGUUGGAUUAGUCAUUGUGUAAUAUGAGUAGUUAUAUAUUUUUAUAAUUUUUUUUUGUCCACUGAUACUUAUAUCUGAAUUUGCAGGCAUGUAAUAGCAAGGUUCCACUGUGUAACAUUAAUUUUAUUAUGAUGCUUUAAUAUAUUCAAUUAAUUAUUUUAGAACUGAACCAUACUUGCCAUGUAGUUUAGAAUUUGUGUGCUUAUAAUGUAUAGAUCUAACAAAGUUUGUCUGCAUCUAAUGUAGAGAUCUAACAAAUUUGUCUGCUUUUAAUAUCGAAAUCCAACAAAAUGUGUGUUCUUCCAAUGUAGAGGCUUAUCAGAAUUUUGAUGACUACAUCCCUUGCAUCUAAACAUGAGAAUUUCCAGGAUUAUUUCAGUCUCACUGACCAUGAUGCUAUUUUAUAAACCUUUACAGAAAAGAAAUUCACAAAAGUGAAUUUUUCGACAAAUAAACACUUUGACCGGCAAUAUGUGCUUUUGGCAGUUAAAGUGCAAGGGACAAUGUGAUCUUUGUAAAAAAAAUGCAAUACUUACUUAGAAGUAGUUUAUUUAUAUUAAUGUGUUGUGAGAAUGCUUAUGAACUGUUCUUUUCUUGGAGCAUUUGAUUAUAACAAUGAACAUAAAUUCUCUAUGCUUGUGUCCGUCUCAAUGCUUGUAGAAUUAACAGCUAGCACUGUGCUGAUUUGUUUUUUAACAAGCUUGUUAACACCCCAUUGCUUUACAGAGAAGAUGUUAACAAAAGUUACCCCGUAGCAUUAGCAAAUGAGGCUGAAGGUAAGUUGUUCAAUAGUUUAGUAAAAAAUGAUUGCUCCUACCACAUUUCAGCCAGUACAAAGCAAUCAUUGAUUUUAAUUGGUAUACCAUUAACCCAUUACUAACUAAUAUAUUAAACGCUAUCAUUGAUAUUUCCUUAACCUAUUAUUUAGUCAUCAAUAAUCUGCAGUGAUAGAUUUUGAUUGCACUACCAUUGAGGCAAGAUGACUGAUUGAUCAAAUAUAACCAGUCUUGUGUGACUAACCAAAUGAUUAAUGUGGUGACAUCAAAUAUAACCAAUCUAGUGUGACUUACCAAAUGAUUAAUGUCGUAACAUCAUAUAUAACCUGUCUAGUGUGACUGUCAAGAUCAUGAAAUCAGGCGUGGUGUGUUUGAGUGGGAAGUGGGGAUGAACAGGGCUUAGGAGCGAGAGUGAACUAUUUUCAUGUACUGGUGAACGAUGUUGGAGUGAACGAUUGAAUGAAAGGGGGAGUGAGAGGAGAAUAAUUAUUAUGUCACGGGGAGUACGUUAACAGAGGUUAGACGAGAGAUAGGACUCGCGACAGCGAGACGUCUUUUUGGAGAUAGUGGAUUUUGUCAUGAUAUGUUUUGCUGAUUGGAAUAUUGCCAUAUACUUUGGAUUCAUGUUCACGAAACUUUGAGACACAUUAAUCUAGUAAUGCUGUCAGCAAAUAAAUGUCUUAUGUACCUUGAAGCGUAUUGUUUUGAUGAAUCAACCUAGUCUGUUGUGUGACAAGAUUCACAAGAGAUUAAACCAAAGCGAGAAUCAUAAACCUAAACAACGAGCCAAAUAUUCAACAACUAGAAUAUUUGACAUGGGGGCCCGUCGUUGGAGCUGAAUCGUGGACCUCUCGACUAUUCUGUUCCUGUGUACCGGACGUUUCCUGUGUGGGUUGCCGUAUCCUGUGGCGUUACUGUAUCCUGUGGCGUUACUGUAUCCUGUGGCUUGCUGUAUCCUGUGGCUUGCCGUAUCCUGUGGCGUUGCUGUAUCCUGUGGCGUUGCCGUAUCCUGUUGCGUUGCCGUAUCUUGUGUGGUUGCAUGAUCCUGCUGGCUACCAUACCCUGUUGGUCGCCUUACCGCUGUCCAGAACAAGUCAACUACAGACAAGACCGGGUAAUUAAAUUAGUAAAUAAGUGUGUUGUCACAUGAUGAUCAAUUUGUAACACGCAAUUGUACAGUUAGAUUAGUGGUGUGACGUGUACUUAUUGAACGUGGGGUUGGUACGAUAGGAAUAGAAACGGGAAAAUGAAGACAAUAGAAGAAAUUCAGCAGGAGGCGAUAGCGUUAGGAUUAGAAGGGAAAGAGGUUAUAAAGUAUGCCAUAGACAAAUUAGAUAGACUAGAAAGGGAGGAAAGAGCAGCAGAGAGAGAGAGAGAGAGAUUAGGUAAGAAAGAACAAGCAGAAAGGGAGGAAAGAGCAGCAGAGAGAGAGAGAGAGAGAUUAGAUAAGAAAGAAAAAGCAGAAAGGGAGGAAAGAGCAGCAGAGAGAGAGAGAUUAGAUAAGAAAGAAAAAGCAGAAAGGGAGGAAAGAGCAGCAGAAAGGGAGGAAAGAGCAGCAGAGAGAGAGAGAUUAACUAUUAAGGAACAAUUAGAUAGAGAAUCACAGGAGAGAACCGAAAGAAUGAGAGUAGAAACAGAGGGGAGGACUCGUCCUGCUCAGGACAGUGAUAGGGGUCACAAAUAUCAACAACUAAACAAAAACUUACAAAACUAUGAUGGGAUAAUCGAUUUAAACAGUUACCUUAUCUCAUUUCAAGAUGUAGCAAACAAAUGUGGUAUCCCAAUUAGGGAAUGGGUUCAGGAACUGCGAUUAAAAAUGACCCCCUCCCUACAUGAGUUCCUGACGACAGACAGUAUUAGGAGCAUAGAAACUGAUUAUGAGACAGUGAAAAGAAAGUUGCUAACACAAGCGGGAUUCCACAGUGAGCAGUACAGAAAUAGAUGGAACACUUUAACCCCAAACAGCGAGAAUUUUAGACAAUUUCACUCAGACCUCAACAGAAACUUAGAGAAUUGGGUAAAAUUCAGUGAAACGGAGAGAACUUAUGAGGGGUUAUGCGACCUUAUGUGCCAGAAUCAGAUUUUAACACAUCUGAAUAGUGCAAGCAGACAAUCUGUCUUGCUAAUAAAACCUAAUAACUGUGAAGACAUUCUUAAACAUAUAGACACUUUAAAAAUAAACACUCAGGGCUCUAUCACUAUAUCUAAAUCCCAACCAACACCUUACGUUGAAGGAGGUGCUGCGAAGGUGGACAAUAUAAACGGGAAUAGAAGUAGAAAUAGUUAUGAAGUUAACUUCCCAAUCUGCCAAAACUGUGGAGAAAAGCAUGCACCCAAUUACUGUCCAAAUAGGAGUAGUGGUCAGAUAAGGCGUGGAUACAACCAAAGAGUGCAACCUGACAGAUACACCAAUAGGAACUUUUUCAAUACAAGACAGAGACCAACCCAAUGGUGACUAAAAAAUAUUACAAAGUCAGACAAAAGAAAACAGUUCAGGAAAAGGGAUUCACACAAAUUUGAAGUGCAAAAGGUGAAUAGCUUUGAGAAUAUUUGUAAUAACUCAGUGGGAACUUUAAAGAUAGAGCGCGGAAAACUUUUUGGGAAAGAUAUACAAAUUCUUAGGGACACAGGAUGUACCAUAGUUGUGUGUAGAAGUAGUUUAGUACCAAAAGAUAAGAUAACAAGGCAGACUUACAGUCUGAGACUGAUAGAGGGAUCAAGGAGAACCGUCAAGACCGCUCUGAUAGAUAUAGAGACACCGUAUCUGACCGGUACUUAUUUAGCCGCACUUAUUGACAAUCCAGUUGCUGAUCUGAUAAUUGGAAAUGUUACGCCAACAAGGACUCAAACAAUACAUGCAUCAGCAGUCACCCGUGAACAAGCAAGGAAAGUGUUAACAGAUGACUCAAAACCAGGACAAUCAAAACAAAUACUACCGAAUUUAGAAGCGGACCUAAAUAUAGCGGGGGAACAACAGGAAGACAAAAGUCUCGAUAAACUUUGGCUAAAAGCCAAGAAACAACAUAUUGAGGUUACUAAACAAGGGGAGAUUAGUUUUGAAAUUAAAGAUAAAAUAUUGUACAGAAUUUUUAGGCACCAUAACACGCCGUAUAAAAUCGAAAAAAAAUUGGUGAUACCGGAGAAAAAGCGCAAAAUUAUUUUGGAAACUGCCCACGCCACCCCUCUAGCCGGACACAUGUCCGUGCGAAGAACAAAAAAUAGGAUAACCUCGGAAUUUUUCUGGCCAAAUAUUAAUAAGGAUAUUACUCAAUAUGUUAAAUCAUGCCCAAUUUGUCAGAAAGCUCGAUCUCCGGGAAAUGUCAAACAGAUACCACUAGGACAAACAGAAACUAUAGGAAUUCCAUUUCAGAAGGUAGCUAUAGAUAUUGUAGGACCGUUACAAACGACAUCACAUAAGAAUAGAUAUAUUCUGACACUAAUAGACUUAGCUACUAGAUGGCCAGAGGCAAUCCCGCUUAGGUCGAUUAGGUCAGUAGAUAUUCAAGAAGCAUUAUGGACAAUCUUUUGUCGAAUGGGCUUUCCGGAAAUAAUAUUAUCCGACAAUGGUCCACAAUUUAAGGCUGAACAGUAUCAGGAAGUUUGUAAACUUUUAAAUAUAAAGGCAACAAAAUCGUCUAUUUAUCACCCCCAAUCCAAUGGCGCGGUGGAAAGACUUAAUGGAACAAUUAAGGGAAUGCUAAGAAAGGUAGCUAGCCAAGAACCCAACAACUGGGACAUAUAUUUACCCGCAGUACUAUUUGCGUAUAGAGAAGUACCCAAUGAAACAACUAUGUUCUCACCCUACGAACUCAUGUUCGGCAGGAAACCAAGAGGUCCUAUGAAAAUUUUGAGAAAUCUACUCACUAAUGAAAACCUGACUACAGACAUCAAACCAGUGUAUGAAUAUAUCAUAGACCUGAAAAAUAGAUUAAAAACUGCACUUGAUGUAGCAGUACUCAAUACCGAGGUACAAGCAAAGAAGAAUAAGGUAUAUUUUGAUAGAGGAACAGUACAGAAGAAACUUACCGUAGGCGAAUAUGUGUUGGUCUUAAAACCAAAGAAAGGUAACAAACUACUGCUAUACUCAGAAGGGCCAUAUGUAGUCACCAGGAUUAUCUCCCCAUACAAUGUAGAAAUAAAAAAGGGUAAUAAAUAUAAAAUUUACCACUUAAAUAGAGUGAGUAAAUAUUAUGAAAGAAACGAAGAUCUGAACAUUAUCACACCGAACGAAACAAAUAUUGUUCAUGGAGCGUCAGUAAUAACCGAAGACACUCAGGACGACAUAUCUGUACAGGAAUUAGAAUUACCUACACUUUCCCGUAACAGUGACAACAAAGAGAUAAAGAUAGAUAACAAUCUAACGCAUGAGCAGAAAAAAGAAAUAAACAGUAUCCUACAAGAAUUUAAAGAUGUAAUAUCGAACGUACCGGGUAAAACAACAGUGGGGUCACACAAAAUAGAGUUAACAGACCAAAAACCUAUAACAAUUCGUCCAUACAUAAUACCAUUCAAUAUGCAGGGAAAGUUGGAAGAAGAAUUACGUAUGAUGUUAGAACUAGGAAUCAUAGAAGAGUCACAAUCCCCGUACUCUUCACCUCUAUUACUAGUAAAAAAGAAGGAUGGCUCCAUCAGAACAUGCGUGGACUAUAGGAAAUUAAACGCAGUUACCAAGAUGGUGGCAGAAGUUAUACCUAACCAGGAACAAAUACUAGCAAAACUCAAUAAAGCUACCUAUUUUACUAAACUUGAUUUAACUAAAGGAUAUUGGCAGAUCCCUUUAGAGAAGGAAAGUAAGGAAUACACUGCAUUCAGAGGACCCACGGGACUAUAUCAAUACAACUACAUGCCAUUUGGGCUGGCAACUGCACCAGUGACGUUCAAUAAAAUAAUAAGAAAACUAUUUGAAGGGGUUACUAACGUAGUAAGCUACUUUGAUGAUAUCUGUAUAUUUACAGAUAACUGGGAAACGCAUGUAAAAAGUAUCAGAGAGGUGUUGUCAAUUCUAAAAAGAGCAGGGUUGACUAUAAAACCAUCGAAAUUAGAAUUAGGGAGACAAUCCAUAGAAUUUCUAGGACACACCAUUGGCAACGGAGCCAUUAAACCGAAUAAAAACAAUGUGGACAAGAUACUUAACAUAGAAGUACCAACAACGAAAAAACAAGUUAGAGGGUUAAUCGGGGUAAUAUCAUAUUAUAAUAAAUUUAUCCCAAACUUCUCUACUCUAACAACGCCAUUAUCUGAUCUAACUAAGAAGGGGAAACCCAAUAAAAUUACAUGGUCUCAGGAAUGCAGUAAAGCCCUAGAGAAAAUACAAACUUUCUUGACACAUGAUCCCAUACUAAUCCUUCCAGAUAAUAAUAAAGCUUUUCUUGUAAGGACGGACGCCUCAGUCACUGGUAUAGGGGCUUGUUUAUUCCAGUACAAACAGUCUAUAUUACACCCGGUAAAAUAUGUCAGUCGAAAACUACUACCCAGGGAGACUAGAUAUUCGACCAUAGAAAGAGAAUGUCUAGCCAUUAUUUGGGGAAUCCAGAAACUCAGGUAUUACCUUAUGGGAGCCAGGUUUACUUUACAAUGCGAUCACCGAGCACUACAGUACUUGAAAACCGCCCAGUUUUCAAAUUCUAGAAUUACAAGAUGGGCAUUGAUAUUGCAAGAGUACAAUUUUGAUGUUAAUUACAUCAAAGGAGAAGUAAACAGUAUAGCGGACUUUUUGUCCAGACAAUAAUGGACACAGGUCUUUAUGAUAAGUGGUAAAAGCAUAAAUUACGUUGCAUAAAUGGCCUAUGAAGGGCUGUGGGAUGCUUUAAAAUAAAGAGAAAAAUUAUACCAAUUGGAUUCCUCGUGAAGGAAUAGAGGUAGUGAGAGAAUACAAAGGGACGAUUGUGUAAUAAAAGUGUUGAAUUUGAAUAAAAGAUGAAUUUCUUUUGAAGUACAAUAUGAUUCUGUACAUACUGGAUAAUAUUAAUAAUAAAUUAUGUCAUGUGAGGUUCGGGACAAAUUUGUUCUUGUAAAAUUUGAUCGUGUUAUGGAGAUGAGUUGUUUUUUUUGUUGUUGUUUUUUUGGUCGUGUUUAUCAUGUGUAUGAUGCUGUGUAGGGCCUAUGUCAUAAGAGCAGGGAGUGCUCCAGAUUUGAGCUGAUUGAGGGGUUUGGGGUUUGGGUAAGAAUAUCAGGUACUCCCAUGAGAUGAGAAGGGAAGACUGUAAAUUUUCUUGUACUUUGUUGUGUGUACAGCUGGUCAACUGACGGCUGUCCACAGAGAUUAACGAUGUUCAAAUAUUUGAUUUUGUGUUCUUAUUUCUCUGUGCUCAAUAGUCUGUGAUUGUAAAUAUUGAUAGACAUGCUGAUGAAAUGUGGGUAGUCUUAUUAUUAUUGUAGUGAUUUCAUGUAUCAAAUUAUUCCGAUGUUAUUACUAUAUAAAAUUAUGUAAAAAUUGAAUGAUUUCAUGACAUGAUCUCAGUUAUAACGAUUCUACUAUGAGUAGAAUCUGGAAAGGAAAGGGGGGAGAUAUGUCAAGAUCAUGAAAUCAGGCGUGGUGUGUUUGAGUGGGAAGUGGGGAUGAACAGGGCUUAGGAGCGAGAGUGAACUAUUUUCAUGUACUGGUGAACGAUGUUGGAGUGAACGAUUGAAUGAAAGGGGGAGUGAGAGGAGAAGAAUUAUUAUGUCACGGGGAGUACGUUAACAGAGGUUAGACGAGAGAUAGGACUCGCGACAGCGAGACGUCUUUUUGGAGAUAGUGGAUUUUGUCAUGAUAUGUUUUGCUGAUUGGAAUAUUGCCAUAUACUUUGGAUUCAUGUUCACGAAACUUUGAGACACAUUAAUCUAGUAAUGCUGUCAGCAAAUAAAUGUCUUAUGUACCUUGAAUCGUAUUGUUUUGAUGAAUCAACCUAGUCUGUUGUGUGACAAGAUUCACAAGAGAUUAAACCAAAGCGAGAAUCAUAAACCUAAACAACGAGCCUAAUAUUCAACAACUAGAAUAUUUGACAGUGACUAACCAAAUGAUUAUUGUCGUAACAUCAAAUAUAACCUGUCGAGUGUGACUAACCAAAUGAUUAAUGUCAUAACAUCAAAUAUAACCAGUCUUAUGUGAUUAACCACAUGAUUAAUGUCUAACAUAAAAUUUAAGCGGUCCUGUGGCGCUGCCUGAGUAGAUGUAACAAGACAUCAAAGCCGCCGUUGUUUGUCCUAAUGAAUAUUUUAGCAUUAUUUGCCAUCCACUCGUAGCUAUUUAUGUCAUAAUUUAAAAGCAGGUCUUUUCGAGCAUGGAUAAUAUGUUCAACAAUAUGUUGGUAUUUAGUCACUAAAUGCACUUGAUAAUAUGUUCAACAAUAUGUUGGUAUUUAGUCACUAAAUGCACUUGAUAAUAUGUUCAACAAUAUGUUGGUAUUUAGUCACUAAAUGCACUUGAGUUGAUUACUGUUGGUUAAAUUACUUGCCCUACCUCAUUUUCUGUUUCGGGUUGAUCCUGAAGUGUCAAAGUGUCCUCGUUUUAUAGCCAUUUUCAUUGUUUCUAUAGAAUAGUAGUUACUAUCCUAGUGUCUCAUUUGUAUUUACUUAGUUUACAUGUUUUAAUAAUUGUAAAGCGCUUAGAGCUUUAUGAUAAGCGCUAUAUAAAAAUGCCUAAAUAAAUAAAUAAAUAAAUAAAUAAAUAAAAAGAUGUCCUUAUUUUUUUUGUGUAUGAACUUUGUUGCUUUUCAGAGGAUUUUUUUUACAGAGGAUGACACUACAUUAUAGUUCUUUGUAAAUCAAACACUAACGCUGCUUACAGGUCAUUCUGAGAUUGACAGAUAUUUGGCCACAUCUGACCAUGAACUGCAGACAGACUCGGCCUACCAAGGGCUUCAACCUGGCAACAGACAGACGAACAGACUUUCCAAUGAAGACACUCAAAGUUCCCAAAGCAUCUUGAAAAGCUCAGUGGGCAUAACUCCAUCUUCAAGCAUCUCGCCCCUGGUGCAAGUGCCGACCAAUGCUCUGUCGUCUGCCAGCUUUAGCAGUACCGAUUCUUCCUCAUACCAGCCUCUACCAUCCUUCCAUCAAAUAGGUAAGUCUUCAUUCUGCCAUCAUUCCACUAGCAAAGUGGUAAGUCUUCAUUCUCCUAUUCCACUAGCAAAGUGGUAAGUCUUCAUUCUCCUAUUCCACUAGCAAAGUGGUGAAUCUUCAUUCUCCUAUUCCACUAGCAAAGUGGUAAGUCUUCAUUCUCCUAUUCCACUAGCAAAGUGGUAAGUCUUCAUUCUCCUAUUCCACUAGCAAAGUGGUAAGUCUUCAUUCUCCUAUUCCACUAGCAAAGUGGUAAGUCUUCAUUCUCCUAUUCCACUAGCAAAGUGGUAAGUCUUCAUUCUCCUAUUCCACUAGCAAAGUGGUAAGUCUUCAUUCUCCUAUUCCACUAGCAAAGUGGUAAGUCUUCAUUCUCCUAUUCCACUAGCAAAGUGGUAAGUCUUCAUUCUCCUAUUCCACUAGCAAAGUGGUAAGUCUUCAUUCUCCUAUUCCACUAGUCCACUAGCAAAGUGGUGAGUCUUCAAUACUCUCUCUCUACCAUGGCUCAGGUCACCCCAUCGGAGAUGCCAAAAUGUUAUAUUGCACUUAUGAUACCAUUAUAUAUAUAUAUAUACACACACACAUAUAUAUAUAUAUAUAUAUAGUUCUAUAUAAAUGAAAAGAAACAGUCAAAUUAAAUUAGCUGCUGAAAUCUGCAGUUUUCUAUGUAGUUAUAGUGUAGUCACAGUUUAGUUGCAAUAAUAAACUAGCCCCAUCCCUGUAGUGUAGUAGCAAGUAUGAACGAGUCACAUCACUGUAGUCUAGUUGCAAGUGUAAACGAGUCACAUCACUGUAGUGUCGUUGCAAUAAUAAACUAGCCCCAUCCCUGUAGUGUCUUUGCAAUAAUAAACUAGCCCCAUCCCUGUAGUGUAGUUACAAGUAUAAACGAGUCACAUCUCUGUAGUGUAGUUGCAAGUGUAAACGAGUCACAUCACUGUAGUGUAGUUGCAAGUAUAAACUAGCCCCGUCCCUGUAGUGUCGUUGCAAGUGUAAACGAGUCACAUCACUGUAGUGUAGUUGCAAGUAUAAACUAGCCCCAUCCCUGUAGUGUCGUUGCAAGUGUAAACGAGUCACAUCACUGUAGUGUAGUUGCAAGUAUAAACUAGCCCCGUCCCUGUAGUGUAGUUGCAAGUGUAAACGAAUCACAUCACUGUAGUGUUGUUGCAAGUAUAAACUAGCCCCGUCCCUGUAGUGUAGUUGCAAGUGUAAACGAGUCACAUCACUGUAGUGUAGUUGCAAGUAUAAACUAGCCCCGUCCCUGUAGUGUAGUUGCAAGUGUAAACGAGUCACAUCACCGUAGUGUAGUUGCAAGUAUAAACUAGCCCCGUCCCUGUAGUGUAGUUGCAAGUGUAAACGAGUCACAUCCCCGCAGUGUAGUUUCAGUGUGUAAUGAAGGUGGUACAAUAAAAUAAAAAUUCAAAUAAAAACAACAACCCCAAAUUGCUGGAGUCCUUAAGGGACCGCUGGCAUAUUUGCUUGUGACACCCCCCACCCCCCCAGGGUUUUUGAGCCACACAUUAAGAACCACUGAUCUAAAAUGAUCAGCUCUAUCUUACUCAUGAUUUUCAAUAUAUGUUGAAUAUUACCUUUAAUUUUUUCAACUAAUGAAAUGGUAUACCCCUUAGGUCAGCCAAGCCUUGCAAAUGGUGCACUAAGCACUGCCAACAGUUCAUCCAAUGAUUACAGCAGAGCCACCAUACCGCAGGGAACUGCAACUCUUGCCUUACAAUCUCUGCACAAGGAUCCCGGCACAUAUACAACUCAUCCCUCCGUUGGGAGUGUUGCAAUUCGAGAUGGUCAGUCAUCGGAUGGGAGGCUUGUCAGUGACCAGCGACCUGCAGAUACUAUUUUUUACUCCAGACAACAGCCCACAGAGAUUAGGUUGACCAAUGGCCAACCAGCAGACAGGCUACUCGGUGACCAGGCCGUGCCUUCUAACGUCCAUCACCAUCAUAACCCUGUGACAGACGACGUACGCUUUCUAACUCAGCAUCCUAGAGAUUUCAGUAAUAGCACACAUCCCCCAACGGACCCCAGGGCCCAGCCCACAGAUUUGAGAUUAGCCUACAAUUACCCUACAGACCCCAUCGGUUCAACCAGGGACCGGCCUUCAGACCCGACAAAUGGUCAGCCCCAAUGGUCGGCAACUGUUCCUUCAGGAGCUCAGAUGUCCUAUAUCCCGGCAUAUCCCUUACAAUAUCCCAACCUACCCACACUUCCCUCGGCCGCGCCCCACCAUUACCAGUACAUUCUUAGCAACAACUCUACCAUCCCACCAGCGCCUUCACUUCCUGCCAACAGUUACUCCUUUCCCUACUACCAGUCCAUUGUCCCAGUUGAGGGAGCUAAUCCCAGGUCUAAUCAAGAGGGAGUCGUCAAUGUUAGCCACGUGUCUAGGCUACUAGCUGAAAUAGCCACACUCAAGAAGGAAAAUCAAGAGGUUAGAAGGAUAUUUUGUAUUUAUAUUCAGUUGGUAAAAUUAAUUGACUUAUUAAAUUCUGAACUCAUUUGUGUUAAUUAAGAAAGGUUUUACACAAUUAAUUGACUUAUUAAAUCCUAGACCCAGUUUGUAUUAAGUAAAGUCAAGGUUUUACACAAUUAAAUGACUUAUUAAAUCCUAGACUGAUUUGUAUUAAAGUGAUUGUGCUAAGUAAAGUCAAGAUACUCUGCAGUUCAUAGAAGGUGUCUGUGAUGGAUGCAUUAAUUAUUUUGUUACCUAGGUAUAAGAUAUGUUGGUGUUGUAUACAAACAAACAAAAAUAAGUAAAAUAUAGGGGUUCAUAUUUAUUUGUCUUGUGAAGUCUUAUUCUGAACAUUGUCUUGUGAAGUCUUAUUCUGAACAUUGUCUUGUAAAGUCUUAUUCUGAACAUUGUCUUGUGAAUUCUUAUUCUGAACAUUGUUUUGUGAAUUCUUAUUCUGAACAUUGUCUUGUGAAUUCUUAUUCUGAACAUUGUUUUGUGAAGUCUUAUUCUGAACAAGUUUGAUUUCUUGACCAGCUGAGAAACCAGUUGAAGAAUGCCAAGCAAGACAUCGUACUACUUCAGUCCGACAUUAAAACUGGCCAGGAGGAUAGUCUCAAUACUGUUGGAGGUGAGUAGGUUAGUCAGGUAUUCCAUUGCAUCUUAGAUAUUGGUUCAAUUGUUAGGUAUUGGGUCAUAUGUCAUGUCAGAUAUUGGGUCACAUGUUUGGUAUUGGGCCAUUUGUAAUGUCAGAUAUUGGGUCACAUGUUAGGUAUUGGGUCAUAUGUCAUGUCAGAUAUUGGGUCACAUGUUAGGUAUUGGAUCAUAUGUCAUGUCAGAUAUUGGGUCAGAUGUAAAUUAGAAGAUAGCAUAUAUUUGUUAACAGCUCUGAUUGCUGAUGUUCAUGCUGCCGAGAAAAAGCGAGAUGAGGCGGUGAAGAGGUUGGUGAGAUCAGCUGACAAGGAUAAAACGGCCGCCCUAGGAGAACUUGACCGCAUCAAACUGAGCAACAUGUAAGUAUAUAGCUGGCCAACAUAUAGAUAUACGGUUAGCCAAUGUGUCAGGUUCAGGUUGGCCAACAUGUAAGUAUAGAAUUGGCCAACAUGUAAGUAUAGAAUUGGCCAACAUGUAAGUAUAGAAUUGGCCAACAUGUAAGUAUACAAUUGGCCAACAUGUAAGUAUACAGUUGGCCAACAUGUAAGUAUACAGUUGGCCAACAUGUACCCUUAAAAUGAUAAUCCCCGUGCUGAAUUCUUUGAGUCUACUUGACUUGGUUAUUUCUGGUAUGUUGCAGGUCCAGCCACAAGAGAAGUUUGUCUGAAAGUGACAUUUCAGAGGCAGAGGUAAAUAACACUUACUUGAUAGAUGGUGAGGAUGUGUUAAGGACUGCCUAAACAAGUACUUGAUAGAUGUUAAGGAUGUGUUCUUUAGAGCUGCCUACACAAGUACUUGAUAGAUGUUAAGGAUGUGUUCUUUAGAGCUGCCUACACAAGUACUUGAUAGAUGUUAAGGAUGUGUUCUUCAGGGCUGCCUACACAAGUACUAAAUAGAUGUUAAUGAUGUCUUCUAGGCUGUCUACACUAGUACUAAAUAGAAGUUAAUGAUGUGUAAAGGGCUGCCAACACAAGUACUUGAUAGAUGUUAAUGAUGUGUUCUUAAGGGUUGUCUGCAUUAGUACUAGAUAGAUGUUAAUGCUGUGUUCUUCAUGGCUGCCUACACAAGUACUAAAUAGAUGUUAAUGAUGUGUUCUUCAGGGCUGCAAACACAAAAUAACAAAAUAUACAGAAAUUUUUUUCUUAAAUUAACCUCCAUAAUUUUUUCUCACACAAAAAUUUUUUUUUUACAGACUUAAAAAGCUUAUUUCAAAGUAAUAUAACUAUGAGGUUAUGAAAAGUUUUUAAAAAAAAUCUGUUAUCCAUAUGAUUAUGUUUCUAUGACUCUUCCUCAAAUAAACGUAUCACUAUAUUUCUACGAUGAGGCAUGAGCCUAUUUUUUUAUUAAUAGUUUAGGACAUUGUCACCAAUAUUGGAUAUCUCCUGAUUAUGAUCGUACAAGUUUAAAGCAAGCAAGCUUUUACAAUGCCUCAUUUUUUUAAAUGGACAUCCUAAGGUCUAAAAUUUGUAUGAACAUUAACAGACAGUUAAUUGUAGGUCAAAUUUUUAAGGACUGCCCUUAAAAUUAUGGACUGUUGACAACCCUGGAUGUGGGAUAGAUAAACGAAAGGUCUGGCAGAUGCGGGAUAGAUAAAUGAAAGGGUCUGGCAGGUGUGGGAUAGAGGGGUCAGUGUCGGAUACAAAUACUUUCUAGGGGUAGGGUCCUCCUUCACAACAGCCACAGAAGCAAUUAUAGAAUCUAAAACUCCCUUCCUUCCUGGCCUCCACUUGGAGGAUGUGUAUUAGUCAUCGAAACAUAAGACGUUUAAAAAUGUCAGGCUUCUUUAAGUACGGUACUUUGUACACAUGACAGUUACAAUAUAUAAUAAACAUUUACUUGCAUUUCAGAAGAAGCAAAAUAUAUUUUUAAAAAUUCUAAAUGUUCUGUUGAAUAUUUUGAUUAAAUGUGCUGACAUAUUGAAUAUCAUCCAUCCCUGUGGCACUGCAUCCCAUGUAGGGCUUUGGUCUGCCUCACUUCUUCCUUCCACUCACACCUGACUAAUGCUUUUCUUUUCCAUGCUUGGAUUCCCAGCUGCUGUAGAUCUUUUCCCACAUCAUCCAUCCAUCUAAGCCUAGGCCUGCCUAUGAGUCGUUUUCCUCUAGGGUUGUGGUGAUGUACCCUCUUCACUCCUCUGUCAUUUUGCAUUCUCUCUAAGUGUCCUGCCCAGCGUAGCCUACCCUUUUUUUUUAUAUUUCUGCUACUAGCGUGGGAUCCUGAUAUAGACUAUACAAUGCCUGAUUGGUUCGUAUUCUCCAUCCAUAUUCAUUCUUUGUUAGUCCAUAUAUUUUCCGGAGAACUUUUCUCUCCCAUGUGUCUAAUAGGUUUUAUGCCAUUAGGAUCCAAGUUUCAAUUGCGUAUGUUACAACUGGCGACAUUUUGAAUAUGUUAGAUUAAAUGUGCUGACCGAUUGUACAUUUUUGAUGACUUCUUAAAAGCAGAGUUCAGUGUCAUUGCCCAGUCAAUCAAGGGCAGAGCACUCUAAAGAUUCUACAUCCACUAGAGUUUACCUAGAGCAGCUUGUCAGCAGACAGAGAGAAAUCAUGAAGGAAGAGAUGCAGAGGGUGAUAGACCAGAGAAAUGAGGCCAGACAGAAGGUGGGUCUGUAGGUCAGUAGGCCUACAUCUGCUAGAUUUUGUUACUUUAGGGAGUAAGAGAGCGAUGGGAUCUGAUGGUGGGCACCUUUGGCUUAUUUCUAACAUAUGACUCAACUGGUCAUUGUUGAUGUAAGUUAUGAUAUGACUCAACCGGUCAGUGUUGAUGUUAAGACAUGAUUUGAAUCAACUGGUCAUUGAGGGAACUAAAGUGUAAGACAGUGAUGGCAUUGAAAUAUUUUUUUAUCUUUUGCAGCUUCUAAACUUAGAGAACAAGUUUUCAGCUUUACAGAUGUCCAAGGCUUCUGAUACAAAGCUGGACACAUUGAUGGUGAGUGAGGAGAGAUCUCCUCUUCCUUACACACUAUUCUUUAAAGGGGAGAUUUAUUUAUGUACCUCUGUUUAUUCUUUGACGGGAGAUGUGCACACUGUUUCCUCCAUGAAGGGGAAAUCUAUUUCUUACACACUAUUCCUUAAAAAAAAAAGUGGGAGAUUUCUUUGUUAAACUAUGUUCUAUGGAAGGGGGGGUAUUUUUUUUGUUUCUCUCUGUUUUUUCUUAGAGGGGAGAUCUCUUUCUUACACACUAUUCUGAGGUGGAGAUUUCUUUGUUACCAACUAUUUAUUCUAUUCAACUCCUUGGUAUACUCAUAAAUAAGCUUAGGUAUCAACUCCUAGCUAUACUCAUAGAUGGUAGUUGGACUUUAUUGCAGUUCAGUUGCAAGGACGUUGAAGUGAAGCUCAAAUGAAGGCUCUUUUUUGGCUUCAGGAUAGAAUGGCCUGACCAAUUAAGCUGCUGUACCCUUCACUGUGUUUGUCUUAAAGUUUUCUCGCUUCCCAAGUGUGCCCUACUUAAUGUUUAUGUCUCAGGGUUGCAAACGGGUCCAUUCAACCCAGAGGCUAGUCAUUAAAUGCGGAUGGUAGUGAGAAAAAAUUAUUUUAUUUCAUCAUUGUAUACUUUUAAAUAAAUUAAUUUAUUCCGUCAUUGUAUACUUUUAAAGAAAUUAAUUAAUAAAUUGUUUCUUCUCUAAAUAUUUAAAACUGCCAUAUUCAACUGCAAUCAAGCGUCAUUCAACUGUCUUUCAAAUGUUUGUAGUGAUAAGAUUUGAAUUAACUUCAUCUUCCUUCUCUAUUAAACAGGCCAAAUUAAAGUUAACUGAGAGAGAACGGGAUCUCCUUUUGGCCAAACUGCAGUUUUUGAUGCGGGACAUUGGUGAAACUAAGCUGGUGUACAAGUGAGUGUACAUUGGUGAAACUAGGGUGGUGUACAAGUGAGUGUAAAUUGGUGAAACUAAGCUGCUGUACAAGUGUGUGUACAUUGGGAAAACUAGGGUGGUGUACAAUUGAGUGUACAUUGGUGAAACUAAGCUGGUGUACAAGUGAGUGUACAUUGGUGAAACUAAGCUUGUUUGCAAUGGUACCGGUAACUUGCAUUGUUGAAACCAAGCUAGUGUAGACAUUUGUCACAGAUAGUUGUGUUCAGCCAGAUCGGCCUGCACAACAUACGGCCCACGGGCCGCAUAGCACCCACUUGGCGGCCUGUGAGGUAAUGAAAUAUUCUUUAUUAUUAUUAUUUUUCUUAAUAGCUUUCCUCCCAUCCUUUCAUCAUUCGGCCCGCACAAGUUUUUCAUGACGUAUUAUGGCCCGCACAAGUUUUUCAUGACGUAUUAUGGCCCGCACAAGCUUUUCAAGACUUAUUAUGGCCCGCCUUACAUUUUGAUUUGUGCAGGCCUGAGCUAGGUGACGGGUUAACUAAAGCUUUCCCAGUAUUCAAAUAAGAAUUCCUUUAUUGUUAACCCUUUCAUUACCGGACCUCAGAUUGUUUAAGUCAGGAAUUCCACAUUUGUUUUUGACUUAGGUAGGUAGAUCAUGUUACAUGUGCACUGACUGUGAUUUUUAAGGGCCAUAAUUGACGGGGAAAAGGCUAGUAAAGGCAUGACUUGUGUCAUUAAUAGUACAAUGUUAGAACCAUUGCUAUUAUGGACAUUGCUGCUGUGAGCACAGUUAACACCCUAGGCUUGUCAUGCAUUGUAACUCUGAUGGGAGUAAAUUGGCAGGAGAAACCAACCAAUGGGGCGGCUUGAUUCUGAUCAUGUGAGAACGUAAGAUUAAAUGUGAAGGACGGUUGAGAGUUUUUUUGUGUGGACAGGAGGAUGAGAAUUGAGACAGUGAGAGUGUCAUGUCAUGGAUUCAGUGUUUAAUUCAUUGCAUUGUAUUUUAUCUAAACUUGUGUAUUUUCCUUAAGGUAAAAUUUCUACAUAAGUCUAUUUUAUCUACAGCUUACAUAAGGCUAUUUUAUCUACAGCCUACAUAAGUCUAUUUUAAAUACAGUUUACAUAGUCUAUUUUAUCUACAGUCUACAUCAACGGUGGCCAAACCGCUGCUCUUCUGUGUUCACAUUUUUGCUGGUUAACAAUUUAUGAAAUUAAAACUUUUCGUUUGAAAUAUAUAAUAUAUAAAAGUUAGUAACUUAUUAUUUAAAAGUUUAGAUCAAAUAUGGCAACAAGUUGCAGGAAACGAAAAUAUAAAGGAAGAGGACUUUGCAUUUAUCGAUAAAGACGGUAGGCCAAUUUGCCUCAUCUGCCAAACACCGCUAGCAAAUUACAAAGCUAGCAAUUUGAAAAGACACUAUGAAAAAAGUCAAAGCAUCGAGCAGUAACUAGUAACGAGCAUCUGACAGAACUUCUUCGCACCACAACUACUAGCUACCAACCAGAUUUAAAUAAACUUGCUAGUUCAAAGGCUUCUCAGCAGAAUCAUAACAAUUAAUGUUCACUAUAAUUAUGAGUAUAUAUGCAGUGUGUUUCUAUUCAUAAAUUUUACAUAUUUAAAUAUUUCUUCAAUUGUGUAACUGCAACGCAUAUAUCUCUUCAACAUACGGGUAGUGUUAAAACAAUUUUAAUGUUUAAAUCAUUAAAUUGGAAUAAAAAGUAAUUUUUAAAAAUAAAUCACAAAAGGGAUUUUUCAUUGCGAGUGGGGUCGUGACCCAUAGUGCUUCAAUGCGGCACUCAACAAUUUUUUAAAUGUUAAAAAUGGCUCUCAGUUACUACAGGUCUGGCCACCCCUGGUCUACAUAGUCUAUUUUAAAUACAGUCUACAUAAGUCUAUUUUAUCUUCAGUCUACAUAAGUCUGUUUUAUCUACAGUCUACAUAAGUCCAUUUUAUCUACAGUCUACAUAAAGCUCUUCUUGCUGAGGACCCAGCCAAUGCUAUGACUUCCUAUGAGACAAAUAAAACGAACAAAGCUGAUGUGAACACUGACCUUGUGAACUCUGACCUUCUGAAGAAUAACCUCACUGCCCAGGUUUUGAAGCAGGCUGAUGACAAAAUUAACUUUGAAACCAAGCUGAAAUCACUGCAGAAAGAAAAUCUCGCCCAGGCUGAGUAUAUUGACAAGUAGGUUGUUGUACAGUCAGCUUUAGAUCACACGGACUGAUAUAUAUAUAUAUAUAUAUAUAUAUAUAUAUAUAUAUAUAUAUAUAUAUAUAUAUAUAUAUAUAUGACUUAACUAGUACUGUCAACAUCUUGAUUUAACUUUGAAACCAAGCUGAAAUCACUGCAGAAAGAAAAUCUCGCCCAGGCUGAGUAUAUUGACAAGUAGGUUGUUGUACAGUCAGCUGUAGAUCACACGGACUGAUAUAUAUAUAUAUAUAUAUAUAUAUAUAUAUAUAUAUAUAUAUAUAUAUAUAUAUAUAUAUGACUUAACUAGUACUGUCAACAUCUUGAUAUCAGGUUCACCAAAACACUUCUUAGAAAAAUUACAAAAGGUUAAAAACUCAGCUGCUAGGCUAAUUCUAAAGGUAAAAAAACGUGAUCACGUCAGACCCCUAUUUCAUUGGCUCCCUGUACAAGCACGGAUCGACUACAAACUCUCAGUUCUCGGCCACAACUUUUUCUCUAAUUCCUCCCCUUCCUAUCUAACUGAACUUCUCUGUCUAUUCACCCCUUUCGACAGCUUCACGUGUAUUCUUUCCGUCCCCAAGACUCGCACAAAAACAUAUGGUGAACGAUCUUUCUCUUUCUGUGCCCUCAAACAAUGGAAGUCUCUUCCACUACACAUUCGCAAUAUACCAACCAUCACAGCCUUCAAAACUGCACUCAAAACACAUCUCUUUAAACUUUAUUAUCCUGACUGAUUCCCCACUCUGACCGAUAAAUGCUGCUGCUGGGUAGCCGUCCAUGGAUUGACAUGUAAAUAGUUCUGGAAUGUGGGGAGUGAAUAGACAUUUGUUUUGUUUGAUUUACUUAGUAUAUGUUACUUUUUAAGUUCAUCAUUAUGUUUGUUAAAUUGUAUGUACAGCUUGGUGAGCCCAGCCCGAGGCUGGGGUACCAGCUAUAUAAAACCACCACUAAUAAUAAUAAAUUCUGACUGGUAGCAGACCUGUUUACACUCAAACUCUUAAAAUCGUACAAUAUCAUCACAAAAUCGUUCAAUACAUUAUCUUAAUAGUAAACAAUAAACAUGUAGUAUAUAUAAUUCAUAACCUCAAAAUCGUACAUUGUACGCCAAAAUUGUAAGAGUAAACAGGUCUGUGGUAGAUAUAACUUAACUAGUACUGUCAACAUCUUGAUAACUCUGUCUGGUAGAUAUACAUGAACUAGUACUGUCAUCUUGAGAUAAGUCGAACUGGUGGAUAUAUCCUAAUUAGUAUUGUCAACUCUAGAUAACUCUGUCUGGUAGAUAUGAAUUAACUAGCUAGUACUGUCAACUCAAGAUAAUUUAGACUUCAAUAUCUCGGACCAGUUAAUUUGGAAGCUGUUUGAAGCAACAUAUUUUUUUAUCACCUCUAAAUUUUAAAAUAAUUUUUGUAUUUCAAUCAUUUUUUAAAAAUAUCUUUGUCAAAUAAAUAAUUUUUAAAAACCUGGCGGCGAAGCGAGCGGCCACCAAGCGGCUGGCGUUGAAAAAGAAAAAAAUGGUGGUGGUGAAUCAUUCCAUACCCAGCAUCACAAGCAGAAAUGAGUGACAUAGAUUUUUCCUAUUUGCUACUCCCCCAGAUUACAACAGCUGGUUCAUCGUCAGCGUCAUAAGUUGAACACUUUGUGUGCUGGACCAAUGUUGAUGGACUGAACAGAUUGUGUGCUGGACCAAUGAUGAUAGACUGAAUAGUCCAUUGCGGGACCAAUUUUUUUGAUGGACUGAACAGAUACAGGAAAAAGCUUCUUGGAUUAAACUAAGUCUUCCUCUGUACACAGGUUUAAAGCUACAGGUUUAAAUGACUCUGUACUUGAAAGGAACUCAUUAUUUUAAUUUUGUUUGUCAGUAGAUUUUAAUACUUGAGUGUGAAUUAUUUUAAUGUGCAAUAAAUUUAUUAGUAUUAAUUUACACUUGAAUGUUUCGAUCACGGAGAAUAACGGUCCUUACUGACAAAUUAAAGGACAAUUUAAAAGGGACUGCGUUCAAGCCGUGUGAAGGAAAUAGUGGAACAAGAUAUGUUUUAAGGGGUAGGCUACCAAUAUUUUUUUUAAAACUACCCAGCUUUGAACAUCAUAUUGUCCUGUCUUUUCAUCUCAAGCUUUGAACAUAUCUUGUCCCACUAUUUCCUUGACUAAUUUCUUCUCCAUGAACUAAUUGCCAGUAUGACCUUUCUUCUCCAUUAAUUAAUUGCUAGUAUGACCUUUCUUCUCCAUUAAUUAAUUGCCAGUAUGGCCCCUCUUCUCCACAAAUUAAUUGACAGUAUGGCCUUUCUUCUCCAUGAACUAAUUAAGACAACAAUGCCUUUCCAAAGUUUCACAUAAUAACUUUAUGUAUGUCAUGUUAUACUUGAACAUCACUAUAUGUCAUGUUAUAGCUUGUGAACCAAUAGAAAUUGCCCCUGAUAGAUUCAUCUAUGUUUUGCUUAUUCCCUCUUAUUUUACUGUGCAAUAAUGAGCCCCAUAAGCUUCAUCCAGCUAAUGACUGUGAUAUUUUGAAUUUUAUGGACUAUUUCAUAUCUUGUUUAUUCUAUUCUAUACUAAUUAAAGUUUUGAUCGAUAGAUUUUUUCAAGAAUUUAGGUACCUCUGUUUCUUCAAGUCUGUUUUUAAAUUGUAUUUUUAAACAAUUCUAAAUACAUGUCUGUCAUAUUAAAUAUUUUAAUGUUUUUUUAAAAAACUUUUCAAUUCAUCACAUGGUUUAAAAUGUCUCCAGGAUAUGACUUGACCAAUUGGCCUUCUAACAUUCCAUAACAUUCCAGUAGAUGUGAACUUGGCCAAUUGGCCUUCUAACAUUCCAAUAGAUGUGAACUUGGCCAAUUGGCCUUCUAACAUUCCAAUAGAUGUAAACUUGCCCAAUUGGCCUUCUAACAUUCCAAUAGUGUUGAACUUGGCGGCCGAUCGGCCUUCUAACAUUCCAGUAGAUGUGAACUGUUUAUUUGACUUGUCGUUGAAGUUUACCCAAUAGUUUAAAUUAACUUAAUUUCUAGCUUCUCAUAGAAUUUUUUUUGUUGCAGUGUAUGUAGGAAAUUAUGAUGAGGAUCUAUUCAUCAAAUGACUUAAGUAAAUAUUUUUGAGAUGAUUUUUUUUUUAUUUCAAUCAUUUAUUUGGGACUGGUGUCAACAUAUCCACCCCCACCAAAUUAUUUUUUUCUUAGGGUUGGUGCUAAAAUUAAAAAUUUGCUAAAAUAUUUAUAAAAAGUGUCUCUAUUUUAUGUGAGGUCUUGAUCACAUGACAGGUCAAAUGAAAGAAAUAUUAACAAGCAUGGUACUUAACAUGUUGAUAAAUUAGCAUUUCACAUGAUAGAAUAAUACUUUUU